AUGUCUGAACCCGAUUCCAAGCGUCUCAAGACUACCGGCGACGAGCCCGAGUACGAGCUGGUCUACUGGCCCGGCAUCCCCGGCCGCGGCGAGUUCGUGCGGCUGCUGUUCGAGGAGGCCGGCGUCGCCUACGCCGACCCCGCGCGCACCUCGCCCGACAAGGCCGUGGCCCAGGUCCUCGCCGCCACCGAUGCCGGCGCCAACCCGCCCGUGCUCGCGGUGCCGGUCCUCAAGCACGGCGCCGUCACGCUCAGCCAGACGCCCAGCAUCCUGCUGUACCUGGCGACGCGGCUCGGGCUGGCGCCGGCGGCGACGGAGACGGCGUUUUACCACCUGAACCAGGCGUGCCUGACCAUCCUGGACGGCUUCUGCACCGAGGUCCAUGAGACGCACCACCCGGUCGCCACGUCUCUGCACUACGAGGAACAGAAGCCCGAGGCGAAGAAGCGUGCAAAGGCGUUCAUAGAGGAGCGUGCGCCCAAGUUCCUAGCCUACGUGCAGCGCCUUGUCGACUCCGGCGAUGGCCCUUGGCUGCACGGUGACAGCCUGACAUACGUCGACCUCGUUCUCUUCCAGUGCAUCGAUGGCACGUCGUACGCGUUUCCAAAGACCAUGGCGCAGCUCAAGGCGUCGGGCAAGUAUGACGGCGUCUUCAAGCAUUACGAGGCCGUCAAGGAGCGGCCGAAUAUCAAGGCCUACCUGGCCAGCGAGCGACGCGCCAAGUACGGCGACGGCAUCUGGCGACACUAUCCGGAGCUCGAGGAUACGAUUGAGGUGGAGGUGACGGUGAACGAAUAG